UAUUGUUAUGAGUAGUCGGUAUCAUAUCAUCAUGACGUGUCAUCGCCUGCGUUUCCGAGGUCAAUUGUUUCCGCGGCGCCGGUAAAAUCGUGUUAGGCUAUAGAGUAGAGCUGCCGAAGAUUUGCCGACGACUUGCACCUGACCACUCGGUCAAAACAGCAAAAUAUUCAUCAUAUACUAAUAUCGUCAAAUCAACUGCUGAAUAUGAACACCGCCAUCGUCAUUUCCCAACCGAACUGCAACGGACAUAUUUUUGUUUAAGAGAAAUUAUUUCUUUUGCUCGUCACACGCUGCCAUCCGGCCCAGGACCGGUGCACGGCGAUGCACCGACCAACUGCAGCUGUCUUGGGGCUGUUGCAGUGCAUGGCGGUCUUUGCUUGCCAACUCGAGUCGGAGGAGGUCAUCCCGAAAUCGCGACGGUCCAUCAUCGGAGUGCCGUUGUUUGUCGGCAACCGAUUUGGGCAGCGUACGGUGGUCGGCUACGACGGGGAGAUCAGACCGAUGUUCGAAGAAUCCGUCGACGACGAAGGUUGUUGCUGCAGCGCUUACUACUCGUCGCAGCCCUCCACUGCACAACCGCCGACUGGACCGGAAAAACUGCGGAGCGUAGUAAAUAAUGACGCAUGGUGGUUGGCUGUGAUUGAAAAUAGUAAUAGAAACAAUAAACAAGAACAACAAGAGAUGGAAACUAAGGAAGAGUGGAGAAAAUAUCAGUGUGUUUCAUCAUGUAGCCAAUAAUUUUGAUUAGAAUAUUAAUGUAUACAUAACAGUUUUAAUACCUAGGCAGUAUUGAAUUAAUUUACAUUGCAUUUCCUUCUGGUGCACACUUUGUAAAUAAAAUAUUACGAACACAAUGGUUGUUUUUGUAAUGAUUUUUUUUUAUCAUGCAGGUAGAUAUCUAAGAGCCUGAAGUAAAAAAUUCAAAAUUUAAUACAACUGAUAAAAUAAUUUAUAACGUACACAAAUUGAGAUAAAUGUAAAUUAUUUAUAUCAGUUUGCUUAAAAAUGUAUAACUUUUUAGGCUUAUAAAUACGAAAGCCUAAAUAAAUUA